AGUCACUAGUUCAUGUUUCAGCUGGUUCACUCUCAGUCAGUGGCGGAGUCAACAGCUUUGUCCCUGUAGUCCUGAUCAGAGACCAGAGACCUGGGACCAGAGACCUGAGACCAGAGACCUGGGUCCUUGGACCACAUGGCUAAAUGGGGGGAAGGAGAUCCUCGAUGGAUCGUAGAGGAGAGAGCAGACGCCACCAACGUCAACAACUGGCACUGGACGGAGCGGGACGUCUCUGGAUGGUCCUCCGAGCGUCUCCAUCAGCUGCUACUCAGCGUCCAAGUGAAUGGACCUGAGGGACAGUGUCAACUGACCGACGUCAACAAGCUGGAGGGAGAAGCGUCCAUCAACAACCGCAAAGGAAAACUGUUCUUCUUCUACGAGUGGCAGCUCAGCGCCGCCUGGCUCGGGACGUCCAGCAGCGGAGUGAAGUACAGAGGGACCGUGGAUGUGUGCAACCUGUCGGACGAGAACGACGAGGACGACCUGGAUGUCUCGGUGUCGCUCUGUAAGGACCAACCCAACACGCCACUCCUGGACCUCAUGAAGAAGACCGGGACUCAGGAGAUCCGCCGGGUUCUGGGCCAGUACGUCCACCAGCUGAAGUCAGAGUUCAGUCAGGGGAUGAUCCUUCCCACCGACGGACUGAAGCCCCUUGAGUCGGCCAAGAACAACCAGACCAAUAAAGUCCAGAUUAGCCCCGCCCCCAGGAGCACCUCCCACCCCACCACCUGUCCCACAGAUGUAAAGAACCCAACCUGCACCACCUGUCCCACAGGGGUCCAGAUCCCAACCUGCAGCUUUGACCUGAAGGAAACUUUUCAGACAUCUGCAGACGAGCUUUACAGGACCUUCAUCAGUCAGGAGUUUGUGCAGGUCUUCACCCGCUCAGCCGCCAUGGUCGACGCUCGUCCCGGAGGACGUUUCCACUUGUUGGACGGAAGUGUCAGUGGAGAGUUCACACACCUGAUUCAGGACCGGAGGAUCGAAAUGAGGUGGAGGUUCAGGACGUGGCCCAGAGCCCACUACGCCUCCAUCGGCCUGGAGCUGCAGGACGCCGGGGACCAGACUGUCCUCCGCGUCAAGUGUCAAGGAGUUCCUGUGAAGGACGAGGACUCAACCAAGGAGGGCUGGAGACGCUUCUACUUCCAGGCCAUAAAACAGACGUUUGGAUACUGAGACACGAGUUGCCUUGUGUGAGAUGAGGACAGACAGCCAGGACGUCAGGAGGACAUUAAGAAAUUCAACACAAUGAACGCUCUUAAAGGAACAAUCUUACAUUUUUCAUUAAGUGGACUGGUUGUCCUCUGUCCACCCCAGGGACAGCUGUUUGCUGUUUAGCUUAGCAUAAGGACUGUCCAACUCUAGAUGAGAACAAAAUGUCCAUUAAUAUAUUUUAAAGUAAUGAUAUAAAUACAUAAAUAAACUUCCACUGAUCUGGAGCCUCAUCUGGA